UGUCUGCAAUUCUCACAUCCCAGCGAGAGCCUGCAUCAGCUGAAGGUGCUGGAGGUGAUUUCCUCGAAUUCCAGGAGCAGCAAUUACUGUUUUCUAUGCUGUGGCAUUGUUUUGGAACUUUGGGAGAGAAAAGAUCAAGACAACGGCACUUUGAGAAGGAGGAAGACAGACAAAGGCAGCAACCAGGUGGUCAGAGAGAGAAACCUACAUUGCUGUCUGACCCAGCAGUGAAUCUGCACAGUUACUAUUGCAUUUGCUGUUUGGGUUCAAGUAUCUGGACAUUGGAGUGUGUCUGGGAAAAAUGAACAAACAGCGAAAUUCCCAGCUGACCUUAGACAAACCUGUGUGGGAGACCUUACAAUACUAGAGCAUUGCCCUUGAGAAGGUGAUGGUGAGCUGCCUUCUUGAACCGCUGCAAUCCACUUGAUGUAGGUUGACCCAUAAUGCCAUUAGAGACGGAAUUCCAGGAUUUUGAUUCAACGACAAUGAGGGAACAGUGAUCUAUUUCCAAGUCAGAACGGGACUAAGAGGCAUAAUGAAGUGUAGACUGUUCCCUCGAUGCAUUCGAUGCCGGAAUUUGUGUUGGCUCAUCCUAUUCCUGAUGGUCAUCUUAAUCCUCUAUAAUGGAAUGGACAUUAGCAAAAUCGAGACAGCAGUCAGCCUCAGGAACAUCGCUUGGAAUGAAAAAAAUAACAGUGGAGAGCUGGGGAAAAUAUGCAAACAACGAUGGCAGAGUUCACCAGCAGAGAUCAUAUUUUCCCAUCCAUUGAAUAUUUCUUACAUUUAUUUAGCAGGGACUGCUCCUAAGAGUAGAAAAUACUUGUCAAUAGGGAUCUCAUCGGUCAAACGAGUGAGAGAAAACUACUUGAUGGACACACUUCAGUCCAUUUUUGUGCAGUCUAGCUAUGAAGAGCUGGAGCAGAUGGUGGUGGUGAUUUACCUUGCUGAUUUUGACAUGUCCUGGAAUUUGAAGACUGCUGCAGAGGUCAAAGCGAAGUUUAUAUCACAUAUCAGUGCAGGCCAUCUACUUGUCAUUCAGUGUCCAAAGCAUAUUUACCCAACACUAGAGGGUCUCAAGAGAAAUUACAAUGACCCUCAGAAAAGAGUCCAGUUCAGGUCAAAGCAGAAUGUGGACUAUGCUUUCCUGGUCAACUUCUGUACUGACCUAUCCGAAUACUACUUAAUGCUAGAGGAUGAUGUUUUUUGUGCUAAAAACUUCCUUUCCUCCAUAAAGAGGUUUAUUACGUUGAGUAAGGGCUCAUCGUGGGCUACACUAACCUUCUCAAAGUUGGGUUACAUCGGAAAACUCUACCACAGUGUCGAUCUCCCCAAGCUGGCCAGAUUCCUGCUGAUGUUUUACGAUGAAAUGCCUUGUGAUUGGCUGUUAGAGCUCUUCCACAGGUCCAAGGCCCAACCCAAUGAGAUGAGGUUCAAGCCAUCUCUUUUCCAGCACAUGGGCACUUACUCAUCAUUUGAAGACAUGCACAACAAGCUGAAGGAUGAUGAGUUUCAGGAGCAUAUGGGCAGUUUGCCUGACAACCCCCCUGCAUUGAUAUUCACUGAUAUCCCAGUUUAUGAGCAGCAUUUGCCUGCCAAAGCUUAUGAAUUUGGAGUUGGUCAGUUCUGGGGUAAGUCCCCUAAGGAAGGAAACUACUUUCUUGUUGUGCUUGAACACCCAGUCAAGAUCACUAAAAUCUGUGUUUGGACUGGAUCUCCAGAACACAAGGGGGAUAUCCUUCAUUCUGGGAUCCUGCAAGUGGGAAGAGACAAGAUAAUAGAAAAUGGUCAUCAGAGCUGCAAAACAUACCAUCAACUUGGCACAUUCAACGCAGGCAAGUUUGAACUGGAAAAUGUUACAAACCACAUCUCUGAGCCAAUGAAAUGUAUUCGAGUGCUGGUGACAGAGGAUCAGACAGACUGGCUUAUCAUUUCUGAGGUGAAUAUUUGGAUUGAAAAGGAGAAAUAAUGUUCUUCCCCUCUCUUUGAGAUCUUUCUGCCUUAUCAUGCACUGCCCAAGAGGUUGUGAUGCUGCAGUUUCAAUUUCAAGGACAGGCUGGCCUUUCCUGUAAUGUUGGGUCUUUUUGGAUAACACUGUUACCUGAGAAUCCAAAAGUUGUGGGUUCAAGUCUAACUCCAGAGGUGUGAUCUCGUAAUCCAGGUGGACACUCCUGUGCAGGACCGAGGGAGUGCUGCAGGCUUAGAGGUGCUAUCUUUUGAAGUAAAGUGAGGACCCCAUCUGCCAUCUCAGUUGCACACAAAAGAUCCCAAGCCACUAGUAACACAGUUACCAGAAGAUACAGAACUUUGUGGGGGGGAAGAGGAUGGAAUGCGGAGCAAAUAGAUUAGUUUGAAUUGUUCUACCAAACAGCCCCAGUACUGGUAUACUGGGAUGAAUGGCAAGUGUGCGUGAAACAUCUUUAGUUUUAAUAAAACUUUUACAUUUAUUCUUCUACAGUACAAAAGAACCUAUAUAUCCAAAUCACUUAAAAAAUCUGACAUAUCUUUUGGUAAUUGUAACUGAUCAGUAAAAACAGAAAUGUUUUGCAAUUCUAUUAAUGUUCCACCAGAGGACAGCAUAAGCCAGCAAAUAAAAUGGUAGCAGACGCAUUUUAUUGUGCAGGAAGAGCAUACUUGCUUUUCUGUCUUUUCUGUAUAAAGAACCCUUUUAUAAUGUUAUUAUAGCUUCUACGAAUUAUGAUGAAAAUGAUGACUUAUGGCAGUGACAACUUUUAGUCAUUUCUACUGACUCUCUACACUGACUCAGUUGUACCACUUUGGUCCAUGCAUCAAAAUAUUGUGGUUCACGUCUAACUCGAAUCUCAAGCACAAAAAAAACACUAGCUAAUACAUCAAUGUAGUAGUGAAAGGAAAAAUCCUCUCAGGUAAAUAUAAAAGAUUCUAUGGUCACUAUUUCAAAGAAGAACAGGGCAGUUGUCCCCAGUGUCCUGGCUAAUACCUAUCCUUCAAUCAACAUUGAUUUUUAUUGAUUAUCAAUGUUAAUCAAUGAACAUUAACUCGUAGGUUUCACUGUGCAGUUUUGGGGAAUUGAUUGUGCACAGAUUUCCUACAUUUUCUAGCAAUUACACUUCAAAAAAUGUUAAUUAUUUGUAAAGUACUUUGUGUUGGCACAAAGUAUAUUCUUCAAUAUUUUCUCAAAUGAGACUUUA